GAGAGAGAGAUGCCGACGCUCAAGGAGCAUCUCGAUGCCAUCGAGGCGCAGUUCGACCUCGAUGGACACAAGCUCGAAGCCAUCUUGUCGCGAUUUCGCAAUCGGAUGGAGCAUGGCCUCGAGAAAGACGGCCAGAACAUGGCAAUGAUUCCGUCCUUUGUGACAGGCGUGCCCGACGGCACGGAAAAGGGCACCUACCUCGCACUGGACCUGGGCGGAACAAACUUGCGUGUGUGCGAGGUCAAGCUGGACGGCAAGGGUAGCUUCGAGAUGAAGCAGGAAAAGUACAAGGUAUCGGACGAGCACAAGACAGGAAAGGCAAGGGAGCUGUUUAGCUUCAUUGCAAGAUGCGUUGAGACAUUCCUCAAGUCCGAAAGCAGCUCCCAUAACGUUGCCGACGAGGAGCUUCUGCUCGGCUUUACCUUUAGCUUUCCCGUCGAACAGACAGCCAUCGACCGAGGAAGACUUAUUAAGUGGACGAAGGGUUUUGAUGCUCCAGAUGCCAUCGGACAGGAGGUUGUCACACUCCUCCAGUCGUGCCUCGACGAGCUGAACGUCAAGGUCAGGGUGAAUGCGCUAGUAAACGACACAGUCGGCGCGCUCCUCGCCCACGGCUAUCAAUCGCGUGGCCCGGCACUGCUGGGCGCCAUUUUUGGGACGGGCACGAACGGGGCCUACGUCGAGGAUCGACGAAAGGUGGCCAAGCUCGAGGUCGAGGACCCGAUUCGACCAGUGCCCAGCUCCAUGAUAGUCAACACCGAGUGGGGCGGCUUCGACGAUGAACGGGCGGUGCUUCCUGUCACCAUGUUUGACAAUCUCGUGGAUCGGACGGCGAUCCGGCCGCGCCAUCACGCAUUCGAGAAGAUGAUCAGCGGCAUGUACCUGGGCGAGGUGACGCGGACGGUGCUGAUCCACCUCAUCGACAAUCUCGUCCUCUUCCAAGGCUUUUCGUCGGACAAGUUUAAUGAGAUGUACGGCUUCGACACAGCCUACAUGUCUGCCGUCAUGGCCGACAACGACGGCCAGUCGUCGGCCACGCGCAAGGUUCUCAUCGAGACGAUGGGCCUCGAUCCGGCAAACGUCGGAGCAGAGGAUGUCGAGGCCGUCAAGCGCGUGUGCCACUUCGUCGGUCGCCGAGCGGCACGUCUGAGCGCUGUGGCCAUUGCGGCGGUGCUUCAACAUACAAACAAGACGCAGUCCACUGGCUCGGGUGGUGCAGACGAUGUAGUCGAGGUGGGCGUCGACGGAUCCGUGGUCGAGUUCCUUCCGCAAUUUACCGAGAACAUGAAGGAGGCACUCCGACUUAUGGUGGGCGCCGAAGCAGAGAAGAAGACUCGUUUCGGGUUUGCAAAGGAUGGGAGCGGCGUAGGAGCUGCCCUGUGCGCUUUGCAAGCCAAGAAGCAGGCUCAGGGUACGCACCACCCGCACGCUAAGCCUCAUCAUGCAUGAAGCAAGAGGAAAUCGAAGGGGAAUAUGGGAAGGCAUGGGAGGGGAUCGGCAAGCUCUUUUCUUAUCGUGUAUCUGUUCCUCUCUUCUGAAUGUGAACGCAAAUCUAGAACGUUUCAACAGCAUUCGUUUGGAACGCAACCGAGAAUCCUUCGACGGACAUGUCCGAAUCUAUGCUUGCUUGCUGUACGAUAAUUUACACCGUCUUCAGGUUCCUCACAACUGCGACAGAAUUCAGAGACAUCACACAAAGAUCUCAGAAGAGCGCCACCUCCUCUUCAUCUUCGUCAUCUUCCACUGCUUUGACGAUUCCGUCAAUAUUGUCCUUCUCGUCUCUCGGCCCAUCUAGAGGGUUUUCCACCUCAGAAUGUCCGGCUUUGCCAGCCAUGUCCUGCUUCAAUUCCUGCUUUUGAGCCGGUCCCGUAUCUUCCUUCGUACCCUCC